AGGCACAGAGCUACCAGUCCCCAGCAGUGGUGUUUUCAGGUUGAAGGGCAAGGGAAAAAUUACAGGUCUGUGACCUUUUCCCUUUAAAAAGGAAGGCUGAGUAGUUGGGAAUCAAAAUAAAUUCCAAUAAUGUUUCUUUGAUCACAGAAUGAGCUGUGGAGAAAACUAAUUAACAAUUACAAGCCAUGCUGUGAACAGAACUACACUUGGCUAGAGGUCAUCAAAAUGUCUUAUGCCUCUUCCCAAUCAAUAAUGGGUCUCUGUCUGCCAAGUGUGGUUGAAAUUAGAGAGCAGAGUUAAAUAAGCUAUCAAAACCAAAGAAAUAAAUUUAGGUACAGACAUCCACUGUCCUCCCAAGCAUGUUUUUUGGGUUUUUUUUUUGGUCUGGCUUUUUUUUUUAAUGGUUGAACUUCAGUGGCAGGCAAAAGAUAUAGGAAGGAUGUUUCAAUGAUUCAAGCUCUCACUUUUUCAGAUGAGAACACAAAAUUUACAAUUAUUAUUUGGGAUAUCUUCUUUUGAAAAAACUUAUGAUGAGGGCUCAUGGACAGACCCUGAAAUUAGUGUGCACAUGAUUUAUUUUAGUUUAUGCAAUUAAUGAAUCCUUGUAGUCAGUCCUUUUACUGUUGCUUGCUGCAUGGGGUUGCUGUCUCCAUUCUGCACCAUCUCUGUCUAGAGCUGGAGUCCUUACAACAGAGGAGGCAUAAGGUAGGCCAAAACCAGGCUGUGCUGCUUUUUUGUAUCCCCUUUUCAGAGUGCUGUCAUUCUCCUUUCCCAUCAACAAACUUCCAAAAAAGAGUUGCAGAGCUGGUGGGCCACUGAUGAUCUGUGAAUAUUGGAGAAAGAAGAGAAAGAGAGUGGGAGGGGUGGAUUAGCAGGCUGAACCACCUUUUGAUAGGGCUGUCCCAUGGGGUCCCUUCCCUUUCAAAAAAUGAUACUUUACUGAGCACAGAAAUGUAAUGAACAAGGAGCAUUUAAAGGAGCAAGAACAAAUACAUCUUCCAGAAAUAUGUCCUGGCCUAACAAGCUGAAUAAUUCAAUAACCUUUGUGUGUAUGUGUCAAUGCCAUGAAAGCCUUCACUUUUAAACCCGUAGGAAGGCCAUCUGUGUUUUCAGCUCUAGUCUGUAAAGCAUGGUGUUUGUCUGUGCUGUUUAAGCCAGUUUAUGUAGGCCUUGUCCUUCAUCUUCACCAUUCUCUCUCCCUUCCUCAUCCCCUCUCCCUCCUUCUCAUCCCAGUACUGCCCUUUGUUUGGAUUUCACAACUGUCUACAAGGCACUCUUGUACAUCGGGAAACUCCUGGGGCAGAAAAUUCACUGGAUUAUUCUAGAGUACUUUCUUCAGCCAGAUCAGACCUGUCAGUGCCCUUUACCACAUGAUUGCAUGAAAUUUGUACAGGACCAAAGGAAAGAGUGGCAGGAGUGAAGAAAGGUAACAGCCUAAGCGUCAGCACUUCUAAGGAAAUAAAUGUCCAUCAAUCCACACCCUGGAUGUCACUAAUUUAUGUUACAAAGUACAAAGGCAGAAGUUAGUUUGAGUCUGCUAUUUGUGAACUAUUAUCCUGACCUAUUUUUAGUGUAAUUUUUAAAAAAAAUUAGAGCACCUUUCUGAGGAAGGAAACAAACUGGUUUUCAGGGCUUCCUUAUAAAUACAUCACAGGAAUGGCAACAAGUUCACAAGCCCAGCUUGAAAUGUAAGCAUUCAUUGUAAACAUUUUCUUGAACUCCUCUUCUGAGGAAGCCCAGUGGUGUCCCUCACAAUAAGUGAUGAGCUUGUCAGCAGGGUUGAAAUGUGGUGAUGAAGAAGAUUUGGUCAGAGCUAUGGGAUGCAUUUUACUGACUGUGCCACCCUCCCAGGUGGCUUCUUGGGAACAUGGCCCCCUCUUCUCCCCCCUGAAUGAUGACCUCCAGCUAGGAGAAUGUUGUUCACAUCUCCAUUUUCCCUAAGCCCUGAGAUAAUAUCUCAAGGAAGUAAAUGCACGUAGUCACAUACCUUGAGUCACACACCUAUCUAGAGUAAAUAAGCUUUUGGUGACAGCCAAGGCACAAGGAUGCAUUAAACUAUGCAGAACCACUGUGCUGUUUCAGUGACUUCUACAAGAAAUUUGGGACUGAGGGAAUUAAUAAUUGAUGGUCAGUUAAUAAUGAGCAAUACACAAAUGUGGUAGUAGUGGUGAGACUUCAGCUCCAGCAUUAGGAGCAUGGAGAAACAAGGGAGGGCUCUCAGCUGGAUGCCUAUAUGUGGAAGUAUAAUUUCCUCUGUUCCUGUCACCAUUCCCCCACCCGGUCACUGGCUUAGGACUCUUAUACAUGUACAUUUCUCAGUCCCAUAGAUAAGUCAGGUGUCUGAUUCCUCAGCAGAUUGCAUACUGAUACUUCAGCAGUCUUCAUUCCAGCCAGGGGAAAAACACAACUUUUGCAUGCUGUAUUGUCAGUCAAGGAAGCUGAAACUUCCCCCUUUUCUCCAUGUGUUUCACUUCUGAUACCAGUUCUGUUCCCUUCUGUUACCCUGCCAGUCUGUCUUGCCUAGCUUCCUGGCCCCAUCCUUUGCAGGUACAGCUGAGGGGAAGACAACACAAAAGUGUUUAAAAGCUUUCUUGCAUGCAAGUUAUGCAGAAUUGGCAGGAUCCCCAGAGGAACCGUGUGUACCAGUGGCAAGGGGUGGAACUAGAAACAGGCUUUACACAACUCUCCUUCCCCCUCACCUCGGAUCCCAUCCAAGGCUUCUACAAAAUAGUUGUGCAGAAGAGCUUCUCAUCCCAUGUGGAGCACUCCUUCAGCGUGGAGGAAUUCGUGCUGCCCAGGUUCGAGGUCCUGGUGAAGGUCCCAGAGAUGAUCACUAUUAAGGACAACGAGCUUCCAGUGUCUGUCUGUGGUCUGUACACAUAUGGGAAGCCUGUUCCUGGUUUGGUGAAUGUCCAAGUAUGCCGGAAAUUUUCCCAGUCUGCUUCAAGUUGUUACGGAAAAGAAACAGAAUCUGUGUGUGAAGAAUUCACUAGGCGGGCAGAUGUUCAUGGGUGUGUUUCUGGUGUGGUGAGGACCAAGGUGUUUCAGCUCCUACGCAAGGGAUAUGAGAUGAGCAUUGAUGUACGAGGCAAAAUCACAGAAGAUGGCACAGGAAUAGAGAUGACUGGAACAGGCUCCUGUGGUAUCACAUCCACCAUGAGCAAAAUCCGUUUUGACCUGUUGGACUAUGUGUACAAACCAGGAAUCCCACUCUUUGGGACGGUGAAGCUGGUCGAUGGCACUGAUGCUCCACUUGCCAAUGAAACCAUCACGAUUACUGUGGGUGGAAACAAGUACAAAGGGAAUUACACUACAGAUGAGCAGGGACAAUCCUGGUUUUCCAUAGACACUACCAGCUUCACAGAACUCUCCCUGGAAAUCCGAGCAGAGCAUAAACCUGAGCUGAACUGUUAUGACAGUGACUGGAUGACACCGUCCUAUGAGCAUAGUACGCGCAGAGUAACUCGCUCUUACUCCCUCAGUAAGAGCUUCCUCAAAAUUGAGCCAAAGCCUGAGACAUUAAGUUGUGGCUCCUCAGCAGAGGUCCAGGUGCACUAUAUCUUCACACCAGAGGCCAUAGGGGACCAGAAGAAAAUUGUCAUUUAUUAUUUGGUGAUGGCCAAGGGACAAAUUGUAUUAGCUGACACCUAUGAUCUGAAUGUGAAUCCUGGAGAUGCUUACGGGACAUUUCGGUUGAGCUUCUCUGUCGAGGCAGCAAUUGCUCCUGUGGCACAGAUGCUUGUGUACACCACUUCACCCAGUGGGGAAGUCAUUGCCAGUUCACAGGAUUUCCAGGUUGAAAUGUGCCUCCCCAAUAAAGUGAGAUUGAGUUUUGCACCCAAGGAAGGUCUUCCUUCUUCCAACACACAUCUGCAACUCCACACCUCUCCAAGAUCCCUGUGUGCCCUUCGUGCAGUGGACAAGAGUGUUCUCCUUAUGAAGCCUGAAAAUGAGCUUUCUCCCAGCUCUGUGUAUAAUCUUCUCCCAGUGAAGGAGAGCCAGGGUUACAGCUUCAGGGAAUACUACUUGGAAGAAGACAACGUCAAUCCAUGUGUAUCGCUUGACAAUCUGUCAUUAAAUGGAUUUCUCUACAUACCCAUUUCUUCUGAUGGCGAAGGGGAUGCCUAUGACAUUCUCAAAGAAUUGGGCUUAAAAGUCUUCACUAGCAGCAAGAUCCAUAAGCCUGAACUCUGCGAGCAUUACCCAGAACACAUGAUGGAAAGGAGUUACAGUGGUUCUAUCUCUGCAAUGAAUCUGCAUGGAGAAUUGAGUUAUGGCAUGGCAGAAGAUAUGGUUGAUGGCAAUCCAAUGGAGACUGUCCGGAAGUACUUCCCUGAGACAUGGAUCUGGGACAUAGUUUCAGUGAACUCUGAGGGAAAAGCUGAUCUAGAAGUGACCAUCCCUGACACCAUCACUGAGUGGAAAGCCAAUGCAUUCUGCACUUCAGCAGGCUCAGGCUUUGGCCUGUCCCCGACAGUGUCCCUCAGAGCCUUCCAGCCCUUCUUUGUCGAGCUCACCAUGCCCUACUCUGUGGUGCGUGGGGAGUCCUUCACGCUGAAAGCCACCGUUUUCAACUACCUGCCUGCCUGCAUCAGGGUCAGUGUGUCUCUGGCUGAAUCUGCUGAUUUCCUGGCUGUACCAGUGGGGAAACAGGAGGAAUCCUACUGCAUCUGCGUGAAUGAAAGAAAAACUGUUGCUUGGGCAGUAACACCAAGAUCUCUAGGGCAGGUGGAGCUCUCAGUGACCACUGAGGCCCUAGAGAACCAGCAGCCCUGUGGGAACUACAUUGUGGAGACCCCUGAGAAAGGGCGGAAGGACACGGUCAUCAGACAGCUGCUGGUGGAGCCGGAAGGGACUGAAGUGGAAACCACAUACAACUCUGUGCUCUGUGCAUCUGAAGAGUCAGUGUCACAGACAGUCUCCUUGGCUCUCCCAGAGACUGUGGUGGAUGGCUCAGCCAGAGCAUAUUUCUCAGUGCUAGGUGACAUCAUGGGCACUGCCAUGCAGAACCUGCACCAGCUCCUCCAGAUGCCCUUUGGCUGUGGGGAGCAGAACAUGGUCCUCUUUGCACCCAACGUCUACGUCCUGGACUAUCUGAACAAAACAGGGCAGCUGAGCAGGGAGGUCAAAUCCAAGGCCACUGGAUACUUAGUGAGCGGGUAUCAAAGGCAAUUGAAGUACAAACACCGGGAUGGUUCUUACAGCACCUUUGGGCCACGUUAUGGGCAAGUUGGAAAUACCUGGCUCACAGCAUUUGUCCUCAAGUCCUUUGCCCAGGCCCGGCCUCAUAUCUUCAUAGAGGAGAAGCACAUCCAGGAUGCUUUGAUCUGGCUUACUCAAAAGCAGAAGGAGAAUGGCUGUUUCCGCAGUUCUGGGACGCUCCUGAACAAUGCCAUGAAGGGUGGAGUGAAUGACGAGGUCACACUGGCAGCCUACAUCACUAUUGCACUGCUGGAGAUUCCUCUGCCUGUAACCCACUCAGUGGUGCGGAAUGCUCUGUUCUGCCUGGAAACAGCAGCAAAUCAGAAAGAAAACCACGUGUACACCAAGGCCCUGCUGGCAUACGCCUUUGCCCUGGCAGGGAACAAGGAGAAGCGGAAGGCAUUGCUUGACUCACUUGAAAAGGAAUCUGUGAGAAAGGAUGGCUCUGUUCACUGGCAGCGGCCUGGGAAGGAGCCCAAGGCCGAUCUCCCGUUCCAUCGCUACCGAGCUCCCUCUGCAGAAGUGGAGAUGACGGCCUACGUGCUCCUGGCUCACCUCACCUCGCAGCCAGCCCCUGCCCAGGAGGAUCUGGUGUUUGCCUCCCUUAUUGCAAGGUGGAUCAGCAGCCAGCAGAAUCCCAAUGGAGGCUUCUCCUCUACCCAGGACACAGUGGUGGCUCUCCAAGCCUUGUCCCUGUAUGGAGCUGCCACCUAUGCCAAGAGCGGAGCAGCUUCCAAGGUGGCCCUGCGAUCUGGAGGGGACUUCCAUCAAGACUUCCAAGUGGAUCCCAGCAACCGGCUGCUGCUCCAGCGCGUGCCCCUUCCCCAGGUGCCAGGGGAGUACAGCGUGGAGGUGUCUGGUGAAGGAUGUGUCUACCUGCAGACCAGCCUGAGGUACAACGUGCAGCCCACACAAGAGGAGGCGCCCUUCAUGCUCCACGUGCACACAGUCCCAGAGGUGUGUGAGGACUCCAAGGCUCACAAGGUCUUUGACAUUGGCAUAAAUGUCAGUUACACAGGGGAGCGCAAUGUCUCCAACAUGGUGAUUGUUGAUGUGAAGAUGCUGUCGGGAUUUGUCCCCUUGAAGUCCUCAGUAGGAAAGCUCUCAAACACACGGUUUCAGCAGAUCCAGCGAACAGAAGUGAACACAAACCAUGUUUUGCUGUACAUCGAGCAGCUGGGCAGGGAGACCCUGAGCUUCUCCUUCACGGUGGAGCGGGACAUCCCCGUGCGGGGCCUGAAGCCAGCCCAGGUGAAGGUCUAUGACUACUACGAGACAGAUGAGUUUGCCACACAGGAAUACAGUGCUCCCUGCACCACAGAGGAAGCAGACCAGGGAAAUAAUUGAAGAGCACUCCCAGAUGCUGGAACCUUCCUGCCUCACCACCACCACCACCACAGCAUGAUAUUAAUAAUGCCUCCAUGGAAUGGAAAGUGAACUUUACAAAUACUCACCAAUGAUUUUUGAACAAUUUGUUCAUGAUUCUGAUUUUUCCUGCUCAUCUUUCUCUCACAGCUUUAAUCUCCCUGGCUUCUUAGGUUAAAGAGUAACCCAUCUAACAAUGCCUGUGUGCAGGGAAGUAAGGCUUUUUUUCUCCCUCAGUAAGGCUGAGGGAGAAAAAAAGAGGACAGAAUUAUCUAAGUGGGGAUCAGCCUCUCUAAUGUAUCUGUCUCUGUGUUAUGAUCUCUGAACUUAUCAUCUGAAUGCAGUCUAAUCAAUGGAGAAGGACAGGUAGUUCUUGGGAAUAAUUUUUCUCCCCUGGCUUACGAACCAUAUCCUCCACUGAACUGGUCUCUUCGGAGGCCUAUCCAUGUCUCCCACCAUUAGGCAGCCUGGAAGAUCAACUAAUGUUACAUGAAAUUCAGCCUCUGUUAUCUUCCCUGUAGACACCCCUCCUGGGAUUGUUUCUUGUUUGUAGAAGAGUGGGAGGAGACAGAGUCUGCACUCCUCAAUGAUUAGAGAGUGCCAGGGGGGCAGGAGGAAUGCGUGCCUGCAUUAUGCCUUCGGCUGCUGCCUUACAAUGGCUUGUUCCAUCUUGUGGAAGUUUCCAUUGCCUCAUGUCUGCUACUUCUGGCAGAUUCCCAAGGAGAACCUAAUGGCAUUUGCCACUAACCUACCUGCCUAAGCCUAGUUUAAAUGGUACAUUCAUUUAAAUCACAUAGCUCCUUUGAUGAAACUGUUUAUAGGCCUCUUAGACACCCCCAGGAAUGAUCCCCCUUUCUUCGUUUUGUCUCAUGAAUUUGUGGUUUUAACUUGUGAAUGCAAAAAAAUCUUAUGUGCCUGUUUAUUCUCAUGAAAUGCUUACUGAUAGGUAUCAUGGCAUGUUGUGCAUCCAAAGUAUGAACAGUUGGCUGUUUCAUCCAAUUUUUGGUUUAGUGUACCUGCACAAACAGUGUCAUUGAGAACAAAUAAAAUUCUUCAUCUAUUUUGCUAGAUAUCAA